CUCAGGUUGUAGCGACCCUUAACACUCUCAACACCACCAGACAAGGCUGGUACACGCUCAGGAACACACCACUAAUAUUAAUUUCUUCUUCUUCUGUGGUGUAGGACCAUAGUGUCACCAUGCAGGCUCUGAGGGCCGUCUCUGCUGCCAACUACGGUGCUCUUACCUGUUCAUUGAGACACUGCAAGUGGAGACAGGCAGCAGCAUUUGUGCUAAAUAAACAGAAUCGUUUUUUGUGUGCCGAGUCUCUGACCAUCCCAACACCUGAUGGAGAACCAAAGAUUUAUCCGGAAAAGAUACAAACCAUUGUGUCCCAAAUCUCCCAGUUGACGUUAGUUGAGGUGGCAGAUCUGAAUGAGUUGCUCAAGAAGACACUUAAUAUUUCUGAUGCCCCAAUCAUGGCAUAUGCUGGAGGGAUGCCAGUACCAGCUGGUGCUCAGGAGGAAGAGGAAGAGGCUGCUCCUGUCAUGGUUCAGACUAGUUUUACACUGAAGAUGAAUAAAUUUGAUGAAUCCAAGAAAGUGGCUCUUAUUAAGGAAGUCAAGGCACGUCUGGAAGGAUUUAAUCUUGUUCAGGCCAAAAAGUUUGUGGAGAGCUGUCCCUGUGUUGUGAAGGCUGAUAUUCCAAAGGAUGAGGCUGAGCAACUACUGGAAGCUUUUAAGGCAGUAGGAGCAGAAUGUGUUAUUGAAUAAGCUGUUCUGUGUGUAGAUCAUUGUAUGUACAGUUGAGUGAAAAGUAGAUUUAGUUUCUCAGGCUUGAAAUUUUUAAGUAAAAUAAUUUAGGUAUGUAGGUAAUACAGAAUUUUUUUUUACAUUAAUUAAAAUUGUAAUUUUAGUGUAAGUCAUUAUUGCUGUAUAGUAAUAAACAGACUUAUUUAAUUAU